UUGACAGUUCGCCGCGUCCUAACAGCUGUUUUCCAGUUGCCCCUCGAAAUACGAUUUUAAAUCAGCUAGUUGCACGUGCUUACUUAUUAGAAAGGUUUUACAUUGUUUUUAGUAUAUAUUUCAACAAUGGAAGAAGAUAUUGGUGUUAAAGCACCAGUGACCCGGCUACGACGGAGACUAUCGGUGGAGCAACCUGACGACGUAAAGUCUCCAGGGCCAGCCACACCCACAAAGAAGAGAGGCGGGCGGCUUGCAGCCAAACCACAGCUAGAUUUGAUUGAGGAAAAUGCCCCAACUCCUGGCAGUGCCUCCAAAAGGACUACAAGACGAACAUCAGCUGUCAAAGACAUUAUUGAAGCAGAAGAGAAGCCUGUCACUCCAUCAAGGCGGAGCACGCGAAUCAAGUCCAAUACUAGCAUUGUAUCGGAAACAACAACACAGUCGUUUGACUCUCCUCGGGCUAAGAGAGCUGCUGCCCGACGUACUUCACAAGUUGGAAGUGACAGUGAAUCGUCAGUAACUCCUGCUAGAGUGACCAGAAGAACUAGAAAAGAUUCAACAUCUAGUAUAGAAAAACUAGAGGUAACAUUAGCAAGUAAACCCAGCAACAUUACGGAAAUCAUAAUCGAAGAGACUGAGAGUAGUUCUGUAAAAUCUGAUGAAACUGUUAAAGGCACGGAAACAACUACUGAAAUCAGCCCUACAAGGAGAAGCCCUAGAAUAAAAGAAAAGAAACAGGUGGUAAAAAAAUCAACUAAAAAAACUGAUAGUAAAAGUUCCGACGCUGAAGAACUGAAUAGAAGCUCAUCUAAAGAAAACAUUGAAUCAAAUGAAAAUCAAUCUGAAUUUGAGGUAAAAGAAUCAGAAGUUGUCGAAAGUAAAAGUGUAUCAUCUCCUGAAAAAUCCAAACAUAACAUAUCCGACUCUAGUUUACUUUUGAUCAAAGAACUGAAUAAUAUGCCUAAAAAGAAUAGUUCUAAUUUGAAUAAAACUACAUCAGCUUUAGUUGAAAAUGGUUUUAAAAGUAAGAGACCAAGAACAAAGUCAUUGGUAGUGUCCUCAGACACCCAUGUCGACGAGGGCAUGUUUUACAGUGAUAAUGAGAGUGUAAAAAAGAAGAAUAGUAAGAAACAAGCCUUAAACAAAAGCAAGAAUGAUUCUGUGAAUUUGGCUGAUGGUGUGCUAAAUACCACAUCAACUGAUAUACCUCUCAUUGAUCAAGAAUUGCAAAAUAACACAUCUGUUCAGCAAAACCUAGAAAAUGAAUCUUCAUUCUCAACAACAAAGAUAAGAAAAUCAAAAGGUUCUGAGACUCCUAAUAAAUCAUUGAAUUCGUCAAAUAAUGCAGUGGGUGCUGAAACUGUCAGUCCCCGAGGUAAUAAAGAAAACAUUCCAGAGGAUUCUAUAGAAACCAUAAAGAUUUUUGAAAAGGCUCCUACUACUAUUCUUUCAUCUACUGUCUUCUUUGAAGAUUCUGAUACAGAUUCUAAAGGAAAAGGCAAGAAAAUACCAAUAGAUACUGAAGACCAAUGUGUGCCAGUAGUUGAUAAUAAAUUAGUAGAAGAACAGAUAACAGGUCCAUCUGAAAGUAACAAGCAAGACAACAAUGAUUCUCUCUUAAAUAAAAUAAAUACUAAGAACAUAGAUAUUGAUGAUGGCUGUGAACCUAUGGAUGUAGAUGAGACAAUACCAAAUGAUGUUACUCUGAACGAUUUCUCUCAAAAUAAUUUAAAUCAAACUUCUGAUAGUAAAGCCCCAACUGUUGAAGAACAAUCAGUUGCUAAUUCUAAUAUUUUGAAUAAAAGUUCAAACAAAUCACGGCGAAAAUCGUCAAUAAGUGUUGCAGACACUCAAAACUUGGAGAAAAAUAACGAUAUCACUCUGAACGAAUUUUCUCAAAAUAAUUUAAAUCACACUUCUGAUGGUAAAACCCCAACUGUUCAAGUACUAUCAGUUGCAAAUUCCCCACAAGUUGAUAUUAGUUUGAAUAAAAGUUUAAACAAAUCACGAAGAAAAUCAUCAAUAAGUGUUGCAGACACUCAAAACUUGGAGAAAACUAAUGAUAUCACUGUAAAUGAAUUGUCUCAAAAUAAUUUAAAUCAAACUUCUGAUACUAAAAACCCAACUGUUCAAGCAUUAUCAGUUGCAAAUUCCUCACAAGUCGAUAAUAGUUUGAAUAAAAGUUCAAACAAAUCACGACGAAAAUCAUCAAUAAGUGUUACAGAAAACUUAGAGAAAACUGAAAAUAAAAGUACUCUGAUACUUUCUCAAAUUAAAGACAUUUCGUCAACUGAACACAACACAUCCAAAUCACCUAAAUCCAAUAGCGAUCAACUUAACAAAUCAGCUUGUCCUGUGAAUGUUGUGAAUGAUAAAGCCAUUGAUAAGAAAAAUGUUUCACAAGACUACUCCACUAGUACUCCCCUGCAACAGAAAAAGUUCCAAAAAUUAGGUAUGCAAAUAAACAGCUCAAUAAUCGACACUUCCAACAUUGAGAGUAAAGACAAAAAAGUACAAAACAAAUCUAAAAAUGAUCUUUCCCAAAUAGCGAAAUCACCAGAAACUACGAGUGAGGAGGAGUCAGAAGAUGAAGUUGAUUCGUCUCGGCCCAGAAACAGUUUCCUAGAUGACGAAGCGGAAGUAGCCAGCGAUGAUUACGAAUCGGGCGACAGUCAAGACGAAGAUGAAAGGCAAUAUGAAGAUGAGAAUGAAUUUAUUGAAAAAGGAGAGACUUUGGAUUCUGACGAUGAAGUAUCUAAUGAUACAGACUACGAAAAAGACUCUUUUGUUGUAAGUUCCGACGAAGAGGAUGAUGACCUAUUGAGUGGCUCUGGAGAUGAUCUAUCUAUGAGUGAUAAUGAACUUACUAUGAGCAAGAAGUCUAAGAAGAAGUAUGAUGAACGUAAAUUGAAGGAACAAAAGAAGGCUUCCCGAGAAAUGUACGAAGCGCGUCAUAAGCUAGAUACUUCUGAUACAGCUCUCAGACGUAAUAAAUCAAAACGUCAGAAAAUCGAAUCUUCAGAGGAGUCUUCUGACGAAGAAAACAUAGUUCCAGUUGUAAAAAGAAAUAAACUUCGCUUAGAUUCUUCUCAAGACGAGUCAUUCAACAACUCGAAUGCUAAUAACUCUAAAUUAGUAAGGAAGGCGAAACGAAAACGAUUGUCGGAAUCUGUAUGCGAUGAGAAUGCAAACACUGAACAGGAAAUUAGCGUCUCAGGUGAAAAUUUACAAAAACCUGAUCCUCUUUCAGUGCAAGUUAAACUUGAACCCAAAACUCCAAUGAAAGACAUGAACAUUUCAACUGUACAAAUCCAUGAUAAUAUAGAAGAAGUGUGUGUUAACAAUAAUAUGUCAAUCAUAAAAUCCAGUGAUACUGUAGAUCCGUUGCAGGCUACAAUGUUGGAAGAAGAUUCGUCCUCUUUAAGUGAAAGUUCAGAAAUCGUAAACAAUUACGACUCGAUUCUUAAAAAGCUAAAUGAUGAUAAGAAGACAAAAACUUUAAAAUCGCGUGAUAUGUCUCUCAAUCUGGACAAGAAAACUAAACAGAAGAAGCAGCCACUUAUUGAUCAGCUUAAUAUUACGAACACAAAGAAGAAGUCCAAAAAGAAUAAGAAACUUGAAGGAAUAGAUGUAGUAGACUCGGCUGAAAAGGAAGAAAAACAACCUGUGAACGAGUUUGAAGAGUCAUCUUCAUCAGACUGCAUUGACUUGCAGCUAUUGUUCUCUGAAGACAGCUGUGAUAUUGAUGUCAGCCAAAAAUCCCCCAAAAAGACAGAUUCACCGGACACUGAGGAAGCAGAAGACUACAUACCCCUGAAACGCACUCCAGGAAAAAUGAACAUUUUGACUCAAAAUGAUGAACUUGAAGCCAACAAAAGCCAACUGAAUGAAAGCGUCAAACAUAAUAAGAGCAAAUCUAAAGGUCUUAUUGAAGAGACAGCUGAUACCGUCGCAAAUAACAAUGACAUUCAUAUAAUUAUUGAUACCAAAGGGACUCAUAAAAGUGCUGACAAAUCCAUGAACAACUCACUAUCGCUUAGCAACAAAAAGAAGAACAAGAAAAAUAAUGUAUCAUUUAAAGAUGAUGCCGAAAUUUCCAUGUUCAACGAAACGGGUAACAAUGAAGAUGAGAUUUUACCCAAUGAAGAAAAACGUAAGAAGAAGAAUAAGAAGUCCAUGGAAACUGCCGUUGAAGACACACCUAUAGUUAACACCAAUACAGAAGAUGAUGAUGCCCCUGAAGAAAUCAUGUAUCAAAGUACAAAAAGCAAGAAGGGUAGGAAGUCUUCAGACGCGCAAGUUGGGGAUGAACCAGCUAUGGAUGAAAUCCAAGAACCUGAGCAGUGUAUCAACAUCUCCUUGAAUGUAAACAGUGCGAAGAAAAAGAAGAUGAAAAAAUCAUUGCAAGCUGAGCAAAGUUCAGAUGGUAAUGACACUCCCGUCGUGGAUAAAAAUGUGUCCAUAGGAAGCGCGAAAAAACAAAAACACAAAAGUUCAGACCACAGUCUAAUAGCCGUUGAAGCUGAUGGUGGUACUGGUGAAGACAAGAAUGUAUCUAUGGGCAGUGCUAAGAAUCAGAAAAAUAAGGCUGCAAACAAUACUCAAAUAACACUUGAUGAGGCUGAAAAAUCAAUUAACCUUUCAGCAAUGACUGAUAGUACAAAGAAAAAGAAGAAAAAGCUCUCUAUGACACAUGACGAUGACCAAGUUGAAACAGAACCCACAAACAUUGAAACUCAUAAUAUUUCUAUUGGGAGCACAAAGAAAAAGAAACAAAAAGAUAAACCUGAUGAAUCUGUAUCAGUUGAAGAAACAGGUGUGCAGAAUGUAGAAACGCCCAAAGAGAACUCAAAGAAACGAAAGCGAAAGUCUUCUACUAAUUUAGACACAAACUUAAUUCGUGAUGAAGGUGAACAAGCACAACAAACUUUAAAUGAUUCCAUUUUUAUUGAGAGCCAAAAGAAGAAAAGGAAAAUUUCCCAAAAUGAUGAAAAUACUCAAAGUUCAGACGCAGAGAAAAUUGCUGCUGGAAGUCAAAAGAAGAAAACAAAAUCUCUGGCUUUUAGUGAGGACAGUAAACAAAAUCAAGAUCCCGAACCUAAAAAGAAGAGUAAGAAAAGGAAGGAAAGAGACGAAGAUGAAGGAAAUAACGUAUCUAAGAUAUUCAAAGAAAACUCAUUUGAUAAAGUUCACAUAAGCAGACUGCCUUCAUCUAUUUUGAGCCAGUUGGACGAUAAACCGAAAAAAGCAGUCCUUGAAAUGAAAAAGUCAUCACUUGUAUCAACUACUCCAUUUAUAGUGGAAGACACGAGAAAACGCAGGAGUAAACCUUCUACAUUUUUAGAAGAAAGUGUUUAUCUGAAUGACACUCAUACUGAAAAGAAGCAAAAGGCAAAUAUCAAAAAGCCUAAAGUUCUGCCAUUUAUACCGACAGCUGUAACAUCUGGUAGCGGAUUUACCACAAAUUUCAAAAUCAAUAUAAUACCCACAGAAGUAAAAUUUGUAGCGCAAACAAAGAACGUUUCUAAUUUCAAAACUGACUAUCUGUAUAGCAAAAAGAUUAAAAGGAUGGGUACCUACGAAAGUUACAAAAAACAUAGAAGUGCCAAAAUGUCCAAGUUUUGAGUUAAGUAUUUAAUGGUCGUGUUGGUGAUCCGCCUGUUUAUCAUUUCACCGUUAGUCAUUGUAUAACAUUUGUAUAAUUUUAAGGAAUAUUAUACAGUUGCAGGCCAAUUGACUACUACUACUACGAGUAUAUUUGAAUAAUAACAUAUAUGAAUUAGUAUAGGGAGAUAGUUGGUUGAUUAUGGUUGGUAAGUUGUAUUGGAAAACCACAUUAUUUAACUUAAUGUUGACUGUCAACAAUGACAAUAAAUUAAGGAUUUAUUUUUUGUUCUGCUGUUUCAUAUCUACUGCUCUGUACCACAAGUCUGUAAAAGUAGGUAAAUUUCGUGAUCUAGAUUAAUGCUGUUAUUUCUAUAUUUUCCUUUGAAUGUUUAAUUAUAAUAUUAUCUUUAUUUUAUUAUUACAACAUAGGAUUUUUCCUCAUUUUUACUGUACUACCUAGUUAUUGUUCGAGUUAGGACAUUGUUAUUGUUAUUCAAUUCAAAUUCCCCCGCCAUGGAGCAAUAGUUUCAACUUUCCGGCGCUAGUUGGCGCUACUGUUGAUAAAAAGUGGUAUUGCCCAUGUGCCUUUUGAUAUCGUUUUUAUGUAAUUAAGUUUUGAUUAAUUUAACGUUUUACUCAAUAAAAACCUUACUUGUAUUGAAAUAA